AUGUCAGUGGUUAAAGGAAAAGCUCUAAUGAAAAUGGAAGUUAUCCAGGUUGGUGAAUACGAAUUCACUAAACAAGAUAUAAUCGGACAUGGAGCCUUUGCAAUGGUGUACAAAGGAAGAAAAAGAAAGAAUCCAUCGCAGUCGGUGGCCGUUAAGGUGGUUACAAAGAAGGGCAUCCAGAAAGCUUCUGAGAUCCUAGUCAAGGAGAUCAAGAUCCUUCGAGAACUGACUGCCCUACAUCACACCAACCUGGUCGCUAUGCACGACUGCAUGGACAGCCCUUCAUAUGUGUACGUCGUUAUGGAGCCUCGUCUGGAGUGCUUCGCGAGUCGACACUAUCAUGAUAUAAGCGAGGUCACUAAAACAGUCAGUGGAUAUCGUUCUUAA